AUGCAUCGCUUUUUCGGACUGGCUCUUCCCACAGUUGUCGCGGCAUUCGUGAACCAGACUUUUGAAGCAAGGUGCGAGGCUUUCCAGCCCGAGCGAGCUGUUUGGAACUCGACCAGGACACAGCUACAAUAUGUCCCGGCUGGUACGAAUUUGACUUUCCCAGACCACGACACGACAUGUAACCGCAAUAGCCAAGCUGUACCAGUCAACCUGUGCCGAGUUACCCUGUCGAUUCCGACAUCAAACAGGUCAAGUAUAACUCUCGAGUUGUGGCUCCCAGAGAUAUGGACAGGUCGGACAUUGGCCACUGGGAAUGGCGGCAUAGAUGGAUGUAUCAAGUAUGAGGACAUUGCGUAUGGUGUUGCCAACGGGUUCGCGACAGUGGGGACAAACAAUGGUCAUAACGGCACCUACGGCGAUGCAUUCUACCACAACGCGGAUGUGGUGACUGAUUUUGCCUGGCGAUCACUGCACACAUCCGCAAUUGUGAGCAAGAAACUGGCGGCAGAAUUCUAUGACUUGCCAUUGGGCAAGUCAUACUACAUAGGGUGUUCCUUGGGCGGCAGACAAGGCAUCAAAGCUGCGGAGAUGUUCCCCGAAGACUUCGACGGUAUUGUCGCAGGCGCGCCAGCCGUUGACUUCAACAACUUGUACUCCUGGCGCGCGAGUUUCUUUCCUCUUACUGGUGCGAGCUCAGAUUACAACUUCAUCUCUGCGAGUAUGUGGAACACUACGAUCCACGAAGAGGUCUUGAGACAGUGUGACGAGAUCGACGGUGUUAAAGACGGUAUCAUUGAGGAUCCUACAGUAUGCCACUUCGACCCCCAAGCUCUACUGUGCCAGGGCGACAGCAGCACCAAUUGUCUCAAUAGUACACAAGUAGAGAUCGUGGGAAAGGUGUACAGUGACUACCUUUGGCCGAACGGCAGCGUGGUCUUCCCCGGUAUGCAACCGGGGAGCGAGAUACAAGCUGCCACAGGAUUGUAUUCUGGUCGUCGCUAUGCUCCAUCAUAUGACUGGUUCAGGUUCGCUGUCCUCGAGGACCCUGACUGGAACGCAUCCACAUACACGAUCGCAGACGCUGCGAUUGCGGACGAGAAGGACCCCGGCAACGUUCAAACCUGGCCAUCCUCGCUUGCCACUUUUGAAGAUGCAGGCGGAAAGAUCGUGUCUUUCCACGGCAUGCAAGAUCAGCAAAUCACCAGUUUCAACUCGAAGCGAUUCUACGAGCAUUUGAGUUCCGGCAUGGCGUAUAGUUCAGCGCAGAUCGACAACUUCUUUCGGUACUUCCGUGUCCCGGGUAUGUAUCACUGUAAUAGUGGACCCGGCGCCUGGGUACUUGGUCAAGGUGGUAACGCACCUUCAAAGGGCAUUCCAUUCGAUGCCGAACACAACCUUCUAGCCGCCAUAGUGGAUUGGGUAGAGCUAGGAGCGGCGCCGGAAACGAUGCUAGGCACCAAAUUCGUGAACGACGAUGUUAGCCAGGGGAUUGCGUUCACUCAUCGACAUUGCCGGUGGCCGUUGAGAAGCACAUAUCUUGGAAGCGGCUACGAACCUCUUGAUUAUAAUAGUUGGGAGUGCUCAUAG